AUGGCUAACAGCCAAUACGUCGGGAGACCAGAAGCGAGUAGCCAGCAGCUCGCCAACAGCUCCAGCUCUCUCCCCUCACCAAUUCACAAUCGGACAUCACUACCUCAUUACUUCAUCGUCCGCCCGGGAACGACAAAGCACACGGCGUCAGGCACGGUAACGACGCCCGGACCUAUCGUGCCUCUCAUCGCCGUAGACCAGCUACCCGCAUGGCUGGACUUGCUAGGGGUGCCGCGCGAGCUAAGCGUCGAGCAGACCGUCGGUCUGCGCAACCUAGGAACCGCGGUUAGAAAUCCCGAGUUCUACCAGGUGUAUAUGCACAACGACCUCCACGCAACAACUCCUCCGGCUGCUCACCAGGGGGACUGCCACAUACAAACAGAGCAGGUCCGGCGAUGCCAAGCGCAGGGUACAAAUGACAGCAGGCUGGUUCCCGUCGACAUACCCACUACAUCCGCUCCCCCCUCCGCCUCAUCAUCUACAACGUUAACGUCGGCAGAGGAGGAGUCAACGGCGAGUUCGCACGUAGAUCUGGGUUCGGAACCCUCUACUACUACCAGCGGUCCUAACAGCAACAAUGCCACAACAAGCCUACAUCUAAGACUGCCACCACGCACCGUAUCCGGCAGCACACCCCCCACAAACCCAUACCCCUUCAUCCCCGCCCCCGCCCCCGCCCCCGUCCCCUUCCUCCCAUCCUGGCUACCCCCAUCCACCCGCACCAAACCCCACCACCUCCACGCCACCAGCAGCCACACCGCCGGCAGUCCCUCAAGCACAUACUGCAAACACUGGUGCCACCGCGGCACCUGCCGCUGGGGCGCGCAAUGCCGAUACGCGCACUCGAUGCCGACCACAGCCGCGGGGCUGCGCGAAGUCGGGCUGGCGCACCAUCCGGCGUGGUACACGACCGCCGUGAACAUGGCUUUCGGGCCGGGCGGAUUCGCCAGUACACGUGUGCCGAGGUGGUGUCCGCCGCAGCAGAAUGCUGCUGCUGGUGGUGUGUUGCGGUGUAGGGAGAAGGAGAAGGAGAAGGAGAGGGUGGAGAAGAGAGAGAAGGCUAAUAAUAGGGAGAAGAAGAAGAAGAAGAAGCAGAGCGCGGGGGCGGAAGCGGGGGUAGGAAAGGGGAAGAAUGGUGGUGGUGGUGGUGGUGGUGAUGGUGGUGAUGGGGCGUCGGCGGAGGCUGAGCAGCGGAAGGAAGACGCCGCGGAGGAGAAAGAUAGCGCUGCUAGUGGCCAGGGGCAAAAAGCCCCGGAUGUGGUUGAGAAAUUAGUUGAGAUCUAA